AUGACGAGUAAAGCAAAUGUCAUACAUUUUGCAGAUGCAAAUAAUACAGGGAAAAAAAAAAUAAUAAUUGUUUUAGAGGGUGCCCAUUUACAACUAAUAGAAUCAAAAAGAUAUAUAUAUGAACUAACUAACAACAAUAAGCAUAGACAGAUAUUAUUAAAGGAAAAAAAAGAUGAAAAUAUAAAGAAUUAUAGACCAGAUAUACUUCAUCAGUGCUUAAUUCAUUUAUUAGAAAGCCCUUUAAACAAAUAUGGGAUGUUACAGAUAUAUGUAAAAACUCAUGAUAACCAAUUAUUUUAUAUCUCGCCACAUUUGAAAAUUCCCAAAACAUACAAUCAGUUUGAAGCCUUGAUGGUUACGUUUUUAAGAAAAUAUAAAAUCAAAGCAAACGAAAAUAGAAUGUAUUUAUUGAAAAUUAUUAAGAAUGAUUAUAAUAAUAUAUUACCAGUUAAUGGAAAGAAAAUAGGAUUAUCAAUGAAAGGCAAAAAAGUUAAUUUAGCUGACUAUGUACAGAAUUUUGAAAAGGAGGACACACCCAUAACAUUUUUUAUAGGUGCUGUAGCAUAUUCAAACCCUGUUAUUAAAUUAGAAAUACUAGAUGAAACUAUAAGCAUUUCCGAAUUUAGUUUAAGUGCUGCAACUUGUUGCUCUUCUAUUUGCUCGGAAUUUGAAAAUUUGUGGAAGCUUUUUUGA